CCAAUUUUUCCCGUAUUAUUAAAACCAAAACCUAGUAGCACGUGCUAUUGUUAGGGACGCUCUUUGAUUAUUUUGUGGAAUUAUAUUGAGCAGAUAAAAUGGGUCGAAUUAAAAACAAUCAAUGUCAGAAGGAGACUUCAUUAACGGAUUCACAUAGCGACAGUGAUCAAGCUGUUGGCACUAGUAGCGAUGAUGGCUUCGAUGAGCCAAAGCCAAUCACAGCACAUAAACGUAAAGUACCGUUCGUCAAAAGCGAGGCGAAGAAAAAGAAACUUAAGCACACGGAAGAGAAUGUAAAGCCUCCAACUUUGGAAGAAAUAAAGGAGAUUCGCGACACCCGCAAUCUCUUUCAUUCUAAUCUGUUCAAGCUGCAAGUGAAGGAGAUGCUAGAGGAGCUUCAACUCAAAACAAAAUACAGCACUUACAUUGAAAGCUGGAUAGAGACGUUUACGACUGCGGUACAUGAGUUUAAGGAUGGUCUGCUUGACAACUGCCAACUGGAAGUGCCGCUACAUCUGCACAAAAAAUCAUUUAACUUUCAAUUUCUGACUCCGACUUCAGAGCCAAAGUUGAUUGGCGCUGCAGCCACGGGCACUGUGCUGGGUCCCAAACUUGUAGUGGACGUGGCCUUGGAAAUGCCUGAAACAUGCUUUCAAAAGGAUGAUUAUCGCAAUUUGAUCUACGAUCAAAAGCGUGCUCUAUAUCUGGCGACGGUGGCCAGCAAACUAAAGCAGCUACCAGCAUUUGCAGCGGAUCAGUUCGCUUACAACUUCCAUGCAAACAAUCCACUAAAGCCAGUACUUGAAUUAACGCCUGCCGCCAAGAUUGGCAAACAUUUGUCCUUCCGCCUGUUUAUUACAGCACCGGUGAAUAUUUUCAAGUUGAGCCGGUUUGUACCUUGGAAUAACAACAUUCGACCAUCCAUCUUUGGCGAUGAGUGGGAUGAAUCGGAAGCGUUGCCCUCCACACCGCACUACAACGCCAAUGUGCUGUUCGAUCUAACGCAAGCUGAGAAUCAGAAGUUGUUGCAGAGCACAUUCACUGGUCACCGCAACUUUCAGGAUGGUUUGCUUUUGCUUAAAGUGUGGCUACGCCAACGUCAGCUAGAUGUGGGCUUCAGUGGCUUUAGUGCUCACAUUAUAGCCGCCUACAUAGUGUAUCUAAAGCAACAUCGUUUGCUUCAUCAGUCAAGCAGCAGCUACCAGGUAGCCCGCACCGUAUGGAAUCAGCUGGCCAACAGUGAUUGGACGCAAGGCAUUACACUGUGCCAACAGCAGCCGCACCAGUUGAGCACCUUAGCCGGCUACUACGAUGUGUGCUUCAUGGAUGUCACCGGCUAUUACAAUCUGUGCGCCAGUCUGCCGCUCGCUGUCUAUAAAGCCGUUUGUGCAGAGGCGAAGCUGGCCGUUGAAUUGCUAAAUGAUGUCAAAGUUAAUAGUUUUUCGCAUAUUUUCAUGCAAAAAUCUCCGUUGUACAUGCGAAUGGAUAACAUACUCAAGAUUACGAAUCCAGCCAGCGUGGACCAGCUACUUCAGUUGCAUGUUAAGCCGCAUGUCAAGUACGACUAUGCCAACUAUGCCCAUCCGCAGUUGCUCAAAUUGUUGACAGAUUUACUGCAGAAGGGUCUGGGGCAACGUGUCCAUGCGAUCGUACCAUUGGAAGUACCUUCCAAAUCCUGGACAGUUGACAGUAAGGCGCCGGCUAUCGGUCACUGUUUGACGUUAGGCUUCAUACUUGAUCCAGAGCACGCAUUCGAAGUGCUGGACAAGGGACCGGCGACAAAUGAGGAUCCCGAUGGUGCUGCCGAAUUUCGUAAAUUCUGGGGAGAUAAAUCCAAUUUACGACGUUUCCAGGACGGCAGCAUAACGGAAGCAGUUGUCUGGGCUGCCGCAACAGAUGCUCCCAGCCAAAAGCGUUUGAUAGUGCGAAAUAUAGUGUUACAUCUGCUGGAGAAACAUCUGCAGCUAGAUUCUAGCGAUGUGCAGUACAUUGCUAGUGAACUAGAUGUUGUAUAUUCUCUUACGCCGUCUUUUAAGGUGGCCAAGUUACAAACUAAACUAAAAUUGGUACAGGAAACCGACGCUGAGGCAUUGACACCGCAUGUCAUCCAUUGCUUCGAUGCACUGGCUCGGCAGCUGCACAGUCUCGAGGACCUGCCGCUGGAUAUAGUGUCGAUAUCUGGUAUUUCACCUGUCUUUCGCUAUUGCGAGCCACAGCCUUUGUUACCACAGGCCCGUCUUGUGUCAGAUCGCAUGCAUGCCGGUCACGUGCUACGUGUGAUCAUUCAGCUGAGCCCGAGUGGUAAAUGGCCCAAUGAAUUGGGAGCUCUACGCAGCCUAAAGACCGCCUUCCUAAUAAAAAUUGGUCAGCAACUCAAGGAACAGCAACACCUCCACUCCCAUCUAUGUAAAGAGGGCUUGUUGGUACUAAAGCAGGGUUACUGUUUUCUCUUAGAGCUUGCGCACAGUAAAGAGCUGGCGCUGUUGAAGCAACAGCAAACGGAGCGUGGUGUGACAACCUAUAUGGACAAUCCAGCUAGCCGCGAGCUUGAGCGACGUCACUACAUAUUACCCAGAGUAAGUGGCGCUCUGCAUGCGCUGCAUCAAUCACAAAGCACAUUUGGACCUACAGUGCUCAUUGCUAAGCGUUGGCUAGCCACCCAGCUGCUCGAUGAUGGCUUGUGGCCAUCCAUAGCUACAGAACUACUGGUGGCACAUCUAUUCCAGCAGCGACAAACGCCACACCCAACUGUCGCCCCUCAAACGGGGUUCAUUCGUUUCCUGCAAUUACUUGCUCACAGCGACUGGGGUAGCGAAAUGUUCUUGCUUAAUUUCAACAAUACCUGGACAGAGCAACAAAUUACGGAUUUGGAACACAGCUAUCGCAGUGAACGUGACAGCUAUCCAGGCCUGUAUCUGGCCACGGCCUAUGAUCAGCAGCAUGCAGGUCGUUUGUGGACUACCGAAGAGUGCCCCAGCAAGCCGGUUUUGGGUCGAGUGACAAUCCUGGCACGCCACGCUUUGGAGCUUAUCGAGUCGAGUCUGAUGUCGCCGACCAUCAGAUUUGUAAGGCCCGCCCAAUUGUUUAUGGCGUCCGGAGAUGGUUAUGACUUGGUCAUAGAGCUUAAACCAGAUCUGCUGCCCAAUACUCUGUGCUACGAUCUAGGGUCGUCAUUUUUACCUAUCAGUCUACGCAAUUUUCGUUUGCCACUAGCGGGCAGUGACCAACUGGCCAAGAUUGUGCAGCAACUGAGAUCGGCUUAUUCCGAAUACGCUGCUUUUUUUUACAAUCCUCAUGGCGGUAAAGAGUUGGCCAUUGUGUGGCGACCAGCCUCUGAAUUUGCACCCAAACCCUUCAAGGUAAACGAGCUACGAGCGUCCACGCCGUGCUCUAAUGGGAAAGUACAAGUGGUGAGGGAUACGUUAGUCGAGGAUUUCAAGUUGCUGCUUAAGGACUUUUAUCUGCGCAUUUCCACACCGGAUCAAUUGAAGCGUGAACAACGGAAUCACAAUAAGCCCAAGCGUUAUUUUAAUGACCAGAGUGAAUCGUACAAGCCGCAAAAGAAAAAGAAAAAAGAGCCAGUAACCAAUCUAACUGGCCCAAAGAAGCGCUUAACGAAAAGUAAAUCACUAAGUGCAUUAUGUUAAUAUGUAAAUACUAGAGUUGGAUUACUUACAAGGCAU